CGAAUGUUAUCAGUCAGAGCAAGAAAGUGCUUAGCUCUUGCAAGAAGUGCAAUACCGCACACUGACCAGCAGAGGGACUAGGCACGUUCUCAAGGAGAGGCCGCACGGUGGAGAGUACAUCAGAACCUGGAGGGAGCCGGCGCGCCGACCUUGCUCCAGGUAGCCUGUGAGGCGCCUUCGAGUCUUCCUGAACUGGCACGCUAGCUGCACAUCCACGGCCGAUGCCCCGGGGCUCCCGCUUCGCAUCCAGCAGCCAGGAAGGCGCUCUUAUGGGCAGAACCCCAAGGCUGAGCUUUUCCUCUCACCAAAGAAAGAUGGAAAAAUGGACUAGUCUCUUUCUUUUUUGGGAAGUGUUUUCUUCAGGAGUCCUCAGUUUCCCAAGUGGAGAAAUCACUGAGGCCUGUAAUUCUAUGUUACCCAUCCAUGGAGACUCUGUUUCACAGACCUCUCUGCCGCCAUAUGCCAUCUCCAUCUCCAACACUUCAUUUACCCCAGGAGAUGAAAUUACAGUAUCUCUUACAGCGAGCAAUGAUUCCAGUUUUAAAGGAUUUUUACUACAGGCCCAAGCGACUGGAGACAAUGUUGUUGGAAGUUUUCGAAUCCUAGAUCCUAACACACAAGGCCUUGUAUGUAAUGACAUUCAGAAUUCUUCACUGAGUCACACAAACAAGAAAAACAAGAAAAACAUAACAGCAAUUUGGAUUGCACCUCCUGGCGUGGGGCAUGUUGUGUUCAGAGCAACAGUGCUCCAGAGCGUUUCAGUAUUCUGGACUGGAGUUGAAAGUCAAGUUCUUGUAUCUUCUAGUCCUCCAUUUGUUUCAAUUUCACCCGGUUUCUUACAGAGCACUAGUCCUUCUGCAACAAUCUCUACAGAAGAAGGGUGCGGCACCCAGAAAUUCUGUUUCAGUAGCCCCGCUGGCUGCAAUCCACGUGACCCUACCUGUUACUUCAUGUCAUCUGCGGCAUUAGGGAGCAAUGCUUUCAAAUUUGAAAUGAGUGGACUUUCAGAUGGAUAUGUAGCCAUCGGCUUUUCUGAUGACACAAUUAUGGGAAAUGAUGAUGUCUAUAUCUGUGGUAAGAAUGCGACAGAUCACAUAGAGGUUCAACAUGCCGUCUCAACUGGACGUAGUACUCCCAGCCCUAGACCUCUGGGUAAUUUGGACGUUCUAGUGACAUCCUUCAACAAUGGAAUCAUCAAAUGUUCUUUCAUUUCAAGAAAUGCCAUAUCAACUCAGUCAAGAGGCGUUGACAGUUUGUACUACAUAUUUCUGGCUUUUGGGCCAUCAUCUGCUGGGCGGAUAUGGAAGCAUCCAAGGAGACCCUUUAUCACUGAUCAGAAAGUGAACAUUUCAAGCUUUGAAGCACUAGGUGGCACCAGUUCUACACCCUUAAUAAUUAAAGCUCAUGGAGCUCUCAUGUUGAUCGCUUGGAUGACCACAGGCAGUGUGGGAAUGAUAUUUGCCAGGUACUUGAAGAAAUCCAUCAAAAAAACCAUUUGGGGUAAAGAUAUUUGGUUUCAGAUCCACUUUUUGAUGAUGUUGCUAACUGUAGUGGCAACAGCAAUUGCUUUCAUAUUAAUCUUUGUUGCAGCAAAUGGAUGGAGUUCUAGUGCAGGGGCUCAUUCCAUUAUUGGAUGUAUCAUCAUGGCCCUCUCUUUCCUUCAACCAGCGAUAGCUUUUUUCCGACCAUCUCUUCAAAAUAACCGGAGGUUUAUAUUUAAUUGGUUUCACAUGCUGAAUGCAUUCGUCAUCAAAGUUUUGGCAGUCACUGCCAUAUUUCUGGGACUGCAGCUGCUGAGCAACACUUCUAGCCAGUGGAUGGUUAAAACAAUGGGAGGCUUUGUGGGCUGGGAGGUAUUAACAGCCAUCAUGCUGGACAUAAUUCUAUGGUUGAAAAAGAAAGAAAUAUAUGAAGAUUCACAAGCCAAGGUGAAAAGCGAAAUAUUACUGCUGCUUAUGUAUCUGUGUGGCAACCUGGCAUUUUUAAUAGUUCUGCUUGUAGGUAUUGGAAGAUCUUAAUUCCUGUUUGGUAGAAGAGUGAAAAAUUGCUUCUGCUCUUCUGCUUCCCCAAAAGACUUUUUAAAAAUAUUUUUUCCAUGCAAUUUCUGUUUGGGUAUCCUCACUACUUGUUGAAAGGCAUCAACAGAGUGCAGCACUGAAUGUUGUCUGAUAAUGAUUCUAAGGAAAACUUAUUUACAAGUGGAUCCAAAGAUGUCAGAUCCAAGUGCAUGAGCGGGUUCACUCACCUUUACUCCUGACCAUGGUACAUAUGUGGUGUAACUGAUCAACAUGUGCAUAUUUAUAGUAAGGCUUUCUUCUUCUUCUAAGUCAUGGCAGGGGAAAUGGAUUCCCUCCUUUUGUUAUGCUAUCUUAGUCAUCAGUUUUAUUAUUAUUUUAUAUUUAAGGUUAGACUGCACCAUUUUACUCUCAAAUAGACUUUAGGUAUUAGUACUCUCUGUAACUUACCCAAUGCAAACACAAUUAAGUUGCUCUUUCUACCUAACUGAAGGUGCACACCUUCAAGCAUUUCUUUGGCAGUAAACCCCACUGGUUGGUUUGAAAUUUAAUUACUACUUACUAGAAUUGCAAUGCAUGUGUGUUCAGCUGUGUGCAGAUAAACACAGAUCUCUUGCCUAUGCAGACUGCUCUAUUGAUUUCAGUGGAAGAAUGUGAUCGGUGUGCACAUUCCUUGGCAUGAAUGGCUCAGGUCCCUCCAUGCCAAUGAAUGGGAACUUUUGAGGGUGUAGAAACUCAUUCUGUGCUAUGUAGCUCUUGCAUCAAUGAACAAUUGCUGAAUCAUGGCGCAUAUUCUAUUAUGACAGUCCCCAAAUUUAUCCCAUUAUAUUCUGCCAUUAUGCUUUCCCCAUGAUUUUGCUGUCCUUACAUUGCUGAUAUAAUCCAGCAACUAUUGCCAACACCUUGGCUCAUCCCAGGUUCAAAAUGUUGUCAAGUUUUAUAGAUCAGUACCUGUGUUCUUAAAUCAAUAGCAAAAGAAGGAUGUUUUAUAUGCUAAUCAUAUGUUAACUGCAGAAGCACUGACUACAGUACAGUGGGAACACAUUACCCUUAUGCUACUCUUGUGGGCCUCUCUGUAGCAUCAUCUUGGCUGAUGUGGAAAGUGAGUUUACCAACAGAUGAAAGUGGAUGGCAUCCAAAACCAGAAAAAAGAAAAAAGGGGGAACCCCAAGAUGCUAGAAAAAUAUAUUUUAUUCAAUAGCCCAA